AUGGAUCGCUUCGUCGUGAAAAGAAAAACUCCACCAUUUGAUAUUGAUUUGGAUGAUUUGCCAUGGGAUCCAGCGAAGAGGAAAAGAAUUAUAAGCUAUCAUCCCAAUCAAAGAGAUGAAGUACGGCGCAAAUAUUUGACUAGAGGACCUUGUCAACCUCGUGGUCACCUGUGGAGGAAGAUACAGAUUUUUGCUUGUGUUGUUACUUAUUCAGAGAUCAAGCUCAAAAUCAAGGGGUUGAAUCAACAUGCGGGAUCUGAUGUGAACAGUUUUCACAACAAUGCCAAAAGAAAAUGUGAGUAUUUGAUGAGGCAAGGUCAGUCUAUCAAACAUGCUCUUCAUAAACAAAGCGAUGUUGUGAAGAAUGAUUACAGAAUUCGACUGUAUGCUUCCAUUGAUGUUUCUAGACAUUUGUUACAUCAAGGAUUACCAUUUUGUGGUCAUGAUGAGUCAGAUGAGUCAGCCAAUAGAGGUAAUUUCUUAGAGCUUCUGAAGUAUACCGCUGGUCAGAAUAAUGCUCCAAUUCAAAAGGACAUUGAGCAAAUGACAAUGGUUUUUCGCUUUGUUGAUAAGUAUGGGAUAGUCAAAAAAAGAUUUGUUGGUGUUAUUCACGUGAAGGAGACAUCUUCUUUAUCUUUGAAGUGUGCUAUUGAUUCUUUGUUUGCGAAGUAUGGAUUGAGUAUGAAAAAGGUGAGAGGAAAAGGAUAUGAUGGAGCUAUUGUCAUGGCAGUAGCAAAAAAGCAUUUUGAAGUUGGAGAAUUUUUUGACAUGAUUUCUGUUUUGUUGAAUGUGGUUGGAGCUUCUUGCAAGAGAAAAGAUAUGAUCAGGGAAAACUACAAAAAAAUAGUGGAAGAAGGGAUUAACAAUGGUGAAAUUAAGACUGGAACUGGGUUGAAUCAAGAAAUUUCUCUUCAAAGGCCUGAAAAUACUCGUUGGGUUAAAGUUCUUGAGUAUAUUCAAGAUGAAGGCACAGACUCCACCAAAAGACAACAAGCAUAUGGUAUUCUCAAGUAUUUUCACACUUUUGAUUUUGUUUUCUAUCUACACUUGAUGCUGUUUGUUAUGGGUCUCACUGAUAGUUUAUCAAAGGCUUUACAAAGAAAAGACCAAGAUAUCUUGAAUGCUAUUUCAUUGGUGGAAUCAACUAAAAGUCAGUUGCAAAAGCUUAGAGAUGAUGGAUGGGAUGCUUUUAUGGCUAAAAUUUGUUCAUUUUGUGAGCAAAAUGACAUUGGGCUGGUCAUAAUGGAGGAAGAUUUUGUUGACUCAAGAAGACCAAGGAAAAAGACUGGCAUAACCAACUUGCAUCACUAUAAGGUGGACUGUUUCUACAAUGUCUUAGAUAUGCAACUUCAAGAGUUUAAUGAUGGUUUUGAUGAGUUUGAUAAGUCAUUGCUCAUGAGAUUGGCUGAGUUUUAUCCAGAAGAUUUUAGCUUUAUGGAGCGUAAAUCUCUUGAUCUGCAACUUGAGAUAUAUCUUGACAAUGUGCAAAGAGAUGAAAGGUUUACAGAUUUAAAGAGUCUUAGUGAUCUUGCACGUGUGAUGGUGGAGACAAGAAAACAUAUUUCACAUCCUUUGAUACUUAACACUAUCACAAACGAAUCAGUGAUAAGACGAUUCCAAGAUAUGAGUGAACGUUGA